CACUUUAGUAAACUGGCGAAACUGGCGCUCUGGCAAAACUGGCGCCCUGGCAAAACUUGCGCUCUGGCAAAACUGCAUGGAGCUCUGGCAAAACUGGCGCUCUGGCAAACUGGCGCUCUGGCAAAACCGACUAGCACUUUAGUAAACUGGCGCUCUGGCGAAACUGGCGCUCUGGCAAAACUUGCGCUCUGGCAAAACUGGCGCUCUGGCAAAACUGGCGCUCUGGCAAACUGGCGAAACUGGCACUCUGGCGAAACUGGCACUCUGGCAAAACUGGCACUCUGGCAAACUGGCGCUCUGGCGAAACUGGCACUCUGGCGAAACUGGCACUCUGGCAAAACUGGCGCUCUGGCAAAACUGGCUCUCUGGCAAAACUGGCGCUCUGGCAAACUGGCGCUCUGGCAAAACUGCCGGCUCUCUGGCAAACUGGCGCUCUGGCAGAUGGAUAAAAAGCCAAAAACGUACAUCAUUUUGGCGUAUGGCAUUCAGAGUCGUUAUAGAUGA